AUCUGCAUUAUUGUAUUACUCUUACGGAUUCAAAGCUUUGUGUCUACAUACCUGUUCUACUUAGGUGUACAGUAUACUAUGUACUUAGUGGCCAACAGCAGACAGAAAAUGAGGCGCAGAUUUUAUCCGCCCAGGCCUCUCUGACUAAUCCAGCAGACUGACGGGUCACGUCACAGUUGCCCCUCCCCUAUAUAACUCAGCCCCUCUUCUUUCUUUCCAUUACACACUUCCUAUAAUACAAACAAUCAAUCCACUGACACAAACAGUCUGGCUUCAUUCAUCGCGACUUCUACUCGUACUGCUCGAAUCGCUUCUUCAGUCUCUGCCCGUCGAACAUUUACCUCUACUUCUCUGAACAGAUUCCGCUCUUCACUAGUCACAAUGGGUGUUAAGCAGCUCAAGAACAAAUCCGAAUUCGACCAAGCCAUCAGCGGCACCGAUAAGCUCGUCGUCGUCGACGCCUUCGCCGAAUGGUGCGGCCCUUGCAAAGCCAUUGCUCCCAAAGUCCACUCCUGGAGCGAAGAGUACACUGAUGUCGAAUUCGUGAAAUUCGAUGUUGACGAGUCCCCCGAUGUUGCGCAGGAAUUGGGCGUUCGCGCCAUGCCUACGUUCUUGUUUUUCAAGAACGGACAGAAGAUUACUGAGGUCGUUGGUGUGAAUCCGCCUGCUUUGGAGGCUGCUAUUAAGAAUAACAAAUAAAUCCACCUGUCCGGUCGAUAGGGAGGGUUGUUCUGUAUGCUUGUAUGCUAUUAAAUGAGUGAUCUGAGACUUUUAGUCUAAAUGAUAAUUGACACUCGUAUGCUUUUUUAUCUCUUCUAGAAGACUAAUCAUCUUGAUUAUGUCGUGUAGCCUUCUCUCCGAUCCCCGUCUUGGUCUCAACAUGCUGCUCAUUCUUACUCAAAUGCUUAUUCUUGACGAAACAACUCGCCACGACCCCAAUCGCAGCGACGCAGGUAUACAAAAUCCACAGAUUCCGUAAACUCCACGACCAAGCAUCUCUCACCACACGUCUC